CCACGUGCUCUGCUUGUCCCUUCACCUGCCACUUGCUGUUGCUACCCACGCUCUCUCGCUUCUUCUGCAUUUGAUCUACAAUGGCAACCAACCCCGUCUUUGCUGUUGCUCAAGCCAAACAUGACGUCCUCGUCAAUCACUUCCCUGCCCCGUCGACUGGAUCAGUCCAGUCUUAUCAAGUUCCUCUGGAUGCUCGCCUUGCAGGCCUCAAUGCCGUGAUGCACCCUGGCAUCCACCACCAGGCUCACCCCGUUCAUCAUCCGAAUGUGGUCCCACAGCAGGCUUUCGUUGUCGCACCUCAGCAUGUCCAACAGCCUCAUCCGCACAUUCAUCAUCGUCAAUACGUGGAGGUUGCCAAGACCGAAGCCUUCCAUGACAUCUUGCACAAUGGAAUGCAUCGAAGACUCGACGACCACAAUGCUCCUGUCAGCAAUCCCACGGGGAUCGCCUUGGCGUCUAGAAGGCAGUUCUACCAAAAAGUGUUCGGAUUCUAAAAAAGUUCCAUCGUUCACAACCAAACCUUACCCCCAUGCUAUGAAAGUCAGGGAGCAGUUGGACCAUUCCUCGCUGAGUCCUUCUCCCUUAUGAAACGUCAUAAUUCAUUAAUUUAUUGAUAUUAAACCUCAUGAUACAUGUUUC